AGACCAAGCUUUAUCGAGGCUCUGUUGGAAGAAAAUAGUCUACGCCGGAGAGAAACUGGGGUGUUGGAUUCACGUAUAUUGGAAAUGUAAAUGAAAUUGAAGAAUAUCAUGCCAUCGAUAAAGAGACCAGGGAAGCCAAUUAGGCCUUCAUCUGCAUCUGCUCGUCUGGAAUCUCGAUCGCAACCAGCGCCAUUUGAAAAUGGACGUCCAGCCACAGCAGCACCAGGACUGUUCGGCCAGGGACGGGCAGCUGGCCGGGGAGCCGGACGUGGAGCAGGUCGUGGAGCUGGCGGCUCGGGACAUGGUUCAAGUUCAACAAAUGCUGCACCUGCGAAAAAUACUAAUUGGAUGUUGAACCGAAUGGCAGACUUGGACAUCGAUGUAAAAAAUGAACAACCAGCUAGGAGAAUGACUCUUGGAGCUGUGGAUGGUCUGACUGACAAGGAUAAAGAACAGGCAGCAAGAGUUCGGCACUACGCAAAUUCAGCACCUCCUGGGACCUCACUCAAGAUUGAAGAAAAGAUCAAUCUAGAUGACCUACACAGCUUGAAGAAAUUCUUUGAGGAAGCUGAUGUGGACCAAAAUGGAACGUUGUCCCUGGAUGAAUUUAAGACCGUCUUACGAGGUUCACUUAGUCUUAGAACCAAGAAUGAUGAGGAAAUUACAAAUCUGUUUAUGAAAAUAGAUUUCAAUUCAGAAGGAACCAUUGAUUGGGAUGAGUUCUGUACCUACAUGCAGCUUGAGUAUGAAGAGAAGGAGGAUGCGUAUCUACGCAAGAAAGAAGUAGACCUCCACACCCCAGCCGUCAUCCUGUCCUCACCACACAGAGAACCUGUUCUUAGAGUCACUAACAUGAGUGACGGCACCUGCGUUACUACAAGUCAGGAUGGCACAAUAGCCUUUUGGAGUGGCAAUAUGGAUUUGAAGAGAUGGAAGUCUGUCAUGGUUGAACAGAAUACGACGAGACAGAAACCUAAGUGGGUUACAGACUUUGUGAUGAUGACACAAUUUAACAAGAUCAUAGUAGGAACAGGUGACCGAGAAAUCCAGUUUUAUGAACUUUCUACAUUUGAGCCAUAUUGUCAGGUGACUGGACUAGAGACUACUCCUCUAAAGCUAACAUACUGUGCUACAGGAUUUGAUGAAUGCUAUCUGAUGUAUGGAGACAGUGAAGGAUGUAUUAACAUUAUUAUAAUCAAUGGAGUAGGAGAGACACUAAGAACAUGGAAGAAGCUACCCAAGACUGAAGGCAUUGCAAGUGUGACCCUGGAGAAGGUCGCACAUUCACCUUUGACCCAGUUUGUCCGUUGGAAGGUCCAUGAUGAUUGGGUGGGGGAUAUCAAGUACUAUGAUGACAUCAGAUCUAUCAUCUCAUGCUCUAACAGUGAGAACACUGCAUUAGUCAUUGGUUGUACUAUUGGAAGUACCCAUGUUGAAUCCAAACUAAAAGACGGCAAGGAACACUUGCCCCGCCCGACAACGGCCGACAAACGUGCCAAACUCAGCCAGAUGCAUUACAGUCAUGCCAAGAAACGAUUGGACAACGACGAGACCAUCUUCAAGAUCCACAAGGGGGUGAAGACCUUUGACUUCUGCAAAGAGAAGAACCUGAUAGCGACCGGUGGCAUGGACCGUAUCCUGAGACUCUGGAACCCAUAUGUACCAAGCAAGCCAACUGGAAUGCUAAGAGGGCACAACGCACCAAUCUUCUCUCUUUUCAUAGCUCCUGCAGAAAACAGAAUCUACAGUAUAUCUCAGGAUAAAACAAUCAAGGUGUGGGAUACGAAAGACCAGGUGUGCAUGCUGACGAUUCGUCCUAAGACACACAAGAUCAGAGGUGACCUACAAGCUGCUCACUACAAUAUAACAUCAAAGGCAUUCAUCGUAGCUACAGACCAAAUGGCAAUGCUGACACACAGAGUAAAAUCUUUAGAAUUACGAGAAAUCCCUACCACACACCGGACACCAAUCCUCUGUGCGAGAUAUAACAGUGAGUUCAAGAACGUUGUGACAACGUCUGAUGCAUCGGUUGUCAAGCUAUGGGACUUUGAGACAGGCCACCUCGUCUUUGAGUUCUCUCAAGCUCACAACAACAGCGCCAUCACAGCUCUGACCUUUGAUAACACUGGACGAAGGCUGAUAACAGGAGGGAGGGACGGCAGGCUGAAAAUUUGGAACUACAACAAUGGCCAUUGUCUCAAGAUGCUAGAGAAAGCUGAUGGCAAUGAUGAAGUGACAGAUGUUGUGUACAUCGAGAUGAACAAAAACCGUUAUGUGAUCUCGGUAGGAUGGGAUAGGUCUAUCAAUGUCUACACAGACUCCAGUGAAGACUUCAGACACAUACAGAGACCCAUGCCACGAUGGACCGACGAUGAGAAAAAUGGUCAUCAGGAAGACAUUCUGUCUGUCUCCGCCUGUCCACCAUCUCUCCUAGCUACAUCCAGCUAUGAUGGAGAGAUUAUUGUUUGGAAUCUAGUCUCGGGAUAUGCUUACUCUCACAUACAGAGCACUAAAUACUUUGAUGAUCAUGAUGAGAGAUACAAAGCUGAUGGUGAUGAGAGUAUAUCCAAGGUUCUAUUCAUUCCAUCAAGACGAACUCAUAAAGGAGCAGCUCAACUUGUAGCCAGUGGACCCAGAGGUUGUAUCCAUUUCUGGAAUGUGUACAACAAUGGCCAGCUCUAUGGUAGAUUCAAUUGUGUAAAGAAGAAAGGUGCUUCGGUCAACUGUAUGCAGCUUUCUAAUGAUGAUUUAACUCUCUUCACGGGUGACUCAUUAGGUUUCGUCUCUGUCUGGGAUAUUGAUCAUUAUUGCCUUGACCGCCCUGAAAACAUUGAAGAAGCUCCUGAAUUGUUAGGGUCAUGGAGAGGUCACAUCCAGAGCAUUACAAGUAUGAACCUUGUCGAAGAACAUAGCAUUCUAAUCACAUCGUCACUAGACUGUACUGUAAGGCUUUGGACAACAGAGGGCCAUUAUGUUGGUACGUUUGGUCAAGAUGAUCCUUGGGAUAUCUUCAACCCGACCACCUUCAAACAUCCCAUGGUCCCUUACGAUGUCCUGGUCGACCCCCAGAGCAUGCCCAACCACCCCAUCUUUGAUCAGAAGUCGACGUCGUCGGUGUCGGACUACAUCUGCGAUGAAUCCCUGGACGAUGGCCAGGCCGGUGGGGAUGUAGACAUACUGGAUGAUGGAAGUAGUCAGGGGGACGAGAACGGAGAAAAGGAAGAAGUGGAAGAAAGAGAGGAUGACAAGAAGAGUGAAUCUACUAGCUACAUCAGCACUGAUGAGAAGUUUGUUUAUGAUGAUGAGAUGAUUGCUGCAGAACUCAAGAAGAAACCAUUCAAUAGGGGCUCUGGUAAAAGAUUACGGCAUGAAAAGCUCCGGUCUAUGCCCAAGGAGAGGGCUGUCACCAGCGCCUACCAGACCCUCAAGUGCUUUGACCUGGAGGACACGCCCCCUCUCGCACCCCCUACCAGGAGCAAAGAUAAGACCAGUGAUCCUUUCACAUUCUCGUGAUGUAAGACUGGUCAACCAGACCAAACUUUGAGGUCAUUCCAUGAACUUUUCACCUUAUGAAAACGUAAAGCGAUCCUUCCGCUAUUUAGUUAUGAAAAGUUUGGUGAACUUGUCACCAAGAGAAAUGAAGGUCAAAUUCACUUUUGAAUUCUCAUAGAGAGGAAAGAAGGUCAUAUUUGACUCUAGAGGAUCUCAUUCUACAAGACAGGCUGGAAAGUUCGCGGUUCUUUUUACUUCUUGCGAAUGUCAGCUAUUAAUGUAAAGCCUUCCAGUUGAUUGACAUUGACAUUACAUCGUAUUCAUGUGUCAUAGAAUGCCAAUUAGAAAUUAAAGGAGAUUUAUUUAACUUUAAUAAUGUCCAGUCACUGGUAGGACAUACAACCAUUCCUGUACUUGGAGGAUUCUAAUGAUAGACUAUUACCUUGAGAUGACAAUCAAUAAAAUAUAUUUUUGUAAAGUACAUCAAGCUUAGUUUCUUUCAGGUCAAAUAUAGUAUGGCAUUGUUUUCAUGGUAGUAUAUGAACAAUAACCUAAUCAUGAAAUACAUUGUUUGCAGGUAUGUUAUCACAGUUAUCGUAUUCUGGGUAUACAUUUUUUUUAUAAUAUUUAAUCCAAAGUUUAUCCGUCCAUUGUCCUGUAACAAAUUAAAAAAAAUAUAUAUAUCAGUACAAUGUAUUGCAAGCCUUUAGUAAAGAAUUGAAACUGAUUUUAUAUGUUCUGACAUUACAUUCUUCCGUCCAUCAAAGAAUUAUUCAAGCUGAUGAAGUAUUUU